AUGGACCUGAAAGUAUCCGAAGUCCAUCUUGAUGUUUUGACGAGGAGCCUGAGCAUGUUCACGUUCCUUGGAUUGGUGACGGCGAGAUGGAUUUCUGAUCAGUUUGGCUGCCACAAGACGAUUAUGGUGGCAAGGAUCAUAUAUCUCGUCGGACCCCUUCUUAUGGGUUUUGCCCCGUGCUAUUCUGUUUUCUUGGCCGGCUGCUCCUGUGCCACUUUCGGCGCCGGCUUCGCUCUCAUGAUUACCGCCAUGUACGCAACUGAGAUUUCCCCUCUCUUCUCCUGUGGUUUCUACGUCUCCUUCCCUCAUAUGUUCAUCAGCUUUGGCAACCAGGUGGCCAAUUACUUCUCCAAACGCCGCCGGUAA